AUGGGCGAUAUCGCAAGCCUCGAGGAAGACAUCAAGCAAUACCAAGAGCAGCUCGAUGUCGUUAACGCCGGCCUUAAAGACGAUUCUAGUAACGCAGAGCUUCUUGCUCUCAAGUCUGAGUUAGAUGAUGCGCUUGCGCUAUUGUACGAAACCCUUGCUGAACUAAAGCCGACCAAGGCACCUCCGCAGCCGAAAGAUCCAUCCCCACCACCACCAACCCAGGAGAAAUGGUCGCGAGAGAAUCAUCCCGCAUUCAAGAAGAAUGUCCCUGCCGAAGAUAAGGAAGGCGACACGGUUCCGGUGAACUACAAGGUCAAUGACACUGUCAUGGCUAAAUGGGUAUCUGGUGAUAAAUCAUUUUACCCCGCGCGCAUCACAUCCAUCACCGGUUCCUCUACCGCCCCGAUCUACGUUGUCAAGUUCAAGAGUUACGAUACCACCGAGCAAUUACGCGCGAAGGAUAUCCGCCCUAUCGCGCAGAAGAGGAAGGCUGAUGGCACCCCCGUCAACAGCGCCAGCCCGUUUCCGGCCCCAUCCCAACCCGCAGCACCUUCAACCUCAUCAUCUAACCCCGGAGUUAUUUCUGCCGCCGCCAGCAUAAAUCCCGAGCUCGCACAGAAAAAUCGCGAAGAGGCGUUAAAGAAUGCCGGUGACGUAAAGCCCAAGGCUAAGAAGAUCAAGGCAACGAAAGAACUCGAGGCUGGCAAGAGCAAGUGGCAAGAGUUCAACACCAAGUCGAAAUUCGCUAAAUCCCACAAGGCCAAGAAGGACAGUAUGUUCCGUACACCUGAGGGUGUGAACGGCCGAGUUGGCUUUACUGGCUCAGGCCAGGCUAUGCGGAAAGAUCCCACAAGGAGCCGCCACAUUUACCAAACCAAUGAGGAAUUGGACUAA